AUGGGACGAGUCAUCCGUAAUCAGCGUUUCGGUGGACCGACCUUCAAAGCGCACAACCAUCACCGAGUCGCUCCUGCUCAGCUACGUGCACUCGACUUUGCUGAGCGCAACGGCUACGUGAGAGGGCUGGUAAAGGAGAUCGUUCACGACCCCGGCCGCGGCGCACCUCUUGCUCGAGUUGUCUUCAGAGAUCCUUACCGCUACAAGACUCGCACAGAAACCUUCAUCGCAACCGAGGGUAUCGCAACCGGUCAAUUCGUCUACUGCGGCAAGAAGGCCGGUCUGGCAGUCGGCAACGUCCUGCCGAUCUCUGCCCUGCCUGAAGGAACCAUCAUCUGCAACGUUGAGGAGAAGCCAGGCGAUAGAGGUAGCUUGGCCCGCACAUCUGGCAACUACGCAACCGUCAUUGGACAUGAUGCGGGCAAGACGAGAGUCCGUCUCCCGUCUGGCGCAAAGAAGUCGAUCAUCUCUACCUCUCGCGCAACCAUUGGCAUCGUGGCCGGCGGUGGCCGUAUCGACAAGCCCAUGCUCAAGGCUGGUCGCAUGCACCACAAGAUGGCAAGGAAGCGUAACGUCUGGCCCAAGACUCGUGGUGUGGCGAUGAACCCUGUCGAAUCCGUGCACGGUGGUGGUAAUCACCAACAUAUCGGCAAGGCCUCCACUUUCAGCAAGGACGCCGUGGCAGGUCAAAAGACAGGUCUCCGUCGCGCCCGACGAACUGUCAGUCUCUCCGUUGCCACGUCCAUCUACGCACGAGCUGACUCUCUCAUGGAUGGCAGGGUCUCAUCCGCGGUACCGUCCGCGUCAAGGAUGUUUAGGCGAUCACAAGUCUUGUACGACGAUUGCUCUGCUGUACUUCGCUGCAUGGCUUUCAUUGAGUCGGGCAGCGUGCGAGUUUCCAUGAGAUCAGCCCAGCACACUCGAAUGAUAGCUCGACGUGGGCUGCUCAGAGCCAGUGCACGGGCUCAGCAUGGGCUCAAGACGACGGGCAGUCAGCAGAAGCGAGCACUCUCGAUCCACGAGCACUAUGCCAUGGGUCUGCUCAACGAGUACGGCGUCAACACUCCCAAGAGCAAAGCAGCCUUCUCGGCCGAUGAGGCUUACCAAGUAGCCAAGUCAAUGGGCAAGGACAAGCUCGUCAUCAAGGCUCAAGUUCUCGCUGGCGGUAGAGGCAAGGGUCAUUUCGAAGGCGGACUCAAGGGCGGCGUACAGAUGGUCGACUCGCCCGAGCAGGCAAAGGAGUAUGCCAGCCAGAUGAUCGGACACAAACUCAUCACCAAGCAGACCGGCGCCGCAGGAAGAAUCUGCAACGCCAUCAUGCUGGCCGAGCGUCGUCCGCCCAAGCACGAGUACUACCUUGCCAUCCUCAACGACCGCUCGUCAAACGGUCCCGCACUCGUCGCUUCUGCUCGCGGAGGUAUGAACAUCGAGGAUGUUGCGAAAGAGGACCCCUCUGCCAUCCUCACCCAUCCCAUCGAUUACACAAAGGGUCUCUCCUCUUCAGAAGCUAAAGAGUUCGCUGGCAAGCUGGGCUUCAAGGGAAAGCAACAGGAUCAGGCAGCAGACACUUUUGUGAAGCUCUACAAGCUGUUCAAGGAGAAGGACGCCACUCAGAUAGAGAUCAAUCCGCUCGCGGAAAGCGAAGACGGUGAAGUGCUCUGCAUGGACGCCAAGCUAGGCUUCGAUGACAAUGCAGAGUUCAGGCAGGAAGCUAUCUUCAAGCUGCGCGACAUCACACAAGAGGACAAGGCAGAGGUCGAAGCAGCCGAGUACGGCCUCAACUUCAUCAAGCUCGACGGCAACAUUGGCUGUCUCGUCAAUGGGGCCGGUCUGGCAAUGGCCACGAUGGACGUCCUCAAGCUCAACGGAGGCAAUCCGGCCAAUUUCCUCGAUGUGGGCGGUGGCGCGACGGCCGAAGCCGUCAAGAAAGCGUUUGAGCUCUUAUUGUCCGAAAGCGGCGUCAAGUCCAUCUUUGUCAACAUCUUUGGCGGUAUCAUGCGAUGCGAUGUCAUUGCUGAAGGCAUCAUCAAGGCGACAAAGGAACUGCAGCUCGAAAUCCCGCUCGUUGUCAGACUACAAGGCACAAAGGAGGCCGAGGCAAAGAAGAUGAUCAACGAAAGCUCGCUCAAGAUCUACGCAUUCGACGGACUCGACGAGGCGGCUUCAAAGGCCGUCGAGAGCGCAAAGAUUGGUCAGAUCCCAGUUUGA